UUGAAACAAAAAGGUGUCUUUCCGCAUCUAUUCAAUACUCCCGAGAAUCAGCACUAUAUCGGUCCUCUACCGCCACUCGAGAUUUAUUCGCCCGAUACAAUGCCGACGGCUCAACGUGAUCAAUUCCUAGCAUGGUAUAACGAGCAACAGUCUGCGGGCUACGUAUUUAACUUUCGAACAGACUUUAUUGAUUACUGUAGAUCCGACGUCGCCAUCCUCAGACAGGCAUACGUUUCUUUCCGCCGAUGUUUCUCCAGCACGGUAGCGUUUGUCCUUUCUCGGAGAGCACCACUAUAGCCUCAGCGUGUUCAAGAGUUUUUAGAAAAAACUUUUUGCGGGACGAGCAGAUAGCCAUUUUGCCACCGGGCGGAUACCGCUACUACGAGAAACAAUCACGUAAGGCUCUGUUAUGGCUCCUUUCGCUGGAGCAUCGUUGGGGUUGUACUAUAGUUCACGCAGGGCGCACUCGAGAGUACCGUCUAUCGGAGGGUACGCCCGUCGACGGAUACUACCACGACACCGAUACAGGCCUGCGACACGUCUUGCAGUUUCAGGGUUGCUUUUGGCACGGGUGCCCAAAAUAUUAUCGCAUAAACAGGGAUACGCGGUUGCACACGGGGGAAUCUAUGGAUGCGCGCUUCAAGAGAAUGCAGGCAAUGAGUGAUAAGAUACGGUAUCUCGGUUACGAAUUGACAGAAAUCUGGGAGUGUGAAUUCGAUAGAUGGAUAAGCGUUCCGGCACAGGCUACAUUAUAUAGAACAUUGAAUGAGAACCCGUUGGUAGCGCAACUACCGCUGGAACCCCGCGAUGCUUUCUUCGGUGGUGAUACAGGGAAUACCAUCAGUUUUUAAGAAGUCGAGGGUUCUGAGAGGAUACACUACGUGGAUGUGUGCUCGUUCUAUCCCUUCAUAUCGAAAACGGGGAAAUUCCCUGUAGGUCACCCUAGAGUGUACGUGGGCAAUGAUUGUCGCGAACUAACGGGUGAUCACAAUAACAUCGAUAGCGUAGAGGGGCUGAUUAAGUGUGUCGUGUUACCACCGCGAGAUCUGUAUCACCCCGUGUUACCGACGCGUAUGCACGGUAAAUUGCUUUUCGCACUGUGUCGUUCCUGUGCAGAGUCAACGCUACAGGG